GUGAUCUGGCUGAACCACAUCCACCGAGAGAAUGAGGGGGAACUAAAUCUUGUGUAGAGAAAAAGCAGCAGGUGAGAGAUGAACCCAUGGAGAGUGCUUGUAUAUUAGUAGAAAGGGCCCACCAGAGCCCCCAAAGGCAGAGCGUUGGUGGUGGUGGUGUCGGCACAGCCGCCGUGGUGAUAACCUCUCCGGAACAGGCAAGCUCGAGUAUACAUGAAAUCAGUAAUUUCGGUAUCGAGCCGGGGCCGCUUACUCGAGUUGCAUCGUCUAGAAACUCCGGGCCAAAUAGAGCGGAAAUGGAGCAGGGGUUGCUUACUGGAGUUGAAUCGUCUCAAAACUCCGGGCCAAAUAGACCAGAAACGACGCCGGAGUCGCAUACUGGAGGCACCACAGGUCCAAUUGAUGAUGGGAUGAAGAAGUUGGGGGAGGUGUUCCUUGCAAUGACUGGUCAAGCGGUUGUUUCAUUGAUGACCUACACUCAGAAUGGGAACUCCUCUUACUUGGCUAAAACCAAGUGGGCUUCCUACUUUGUUAAAGCAGCAAUUGCAGUCGGUUUCAUUGCUACUCUGAUUGCCGUUUUUCUCCUUCACAAGAAGAAAGGGGCAGCUGAUAUCUUUCAGAAAAUCGGAAUCAUUGCCACGGUAUGUGCCUUUAUUGUUGCACUGGGAACCUCGUUCAUUCCGGGCUAGAUAGGGUCACCUACAUCUUAUUCUACUUUUUUUCUGUCUCUUUCUUUGUAAAAUAAAAAGAAAAAGUAGUAUUUAUUUGGCACCCAAUAAAUGGUUCAAACCAUUUACACAUCUUUAUACUUUCGGUUUAUUAUUUGAUGACCUUUUUUAUAGUAGUAA